AUGAUACCAACACCAUCCCUCACACACUUGACGAAACAAGACUUUCGCAAAGUCUACGAACCGGCCGAGGACACGUUCAUCCUCCUUGACGCCCUUGAACUCGAGGCCGACUCGCUCGCCUCGCUCUCCUCACCACUCUGCGUAGAGAUCGGCUCGGGCAGUGGCAUGGUCACCUCAUUUCUGUCUCAGAUCCUCGGUCCAACAUCCGCAGCGUAUCUCGCCAUCGAUCUCAACCCUCACGCCAAUGCAUGCACGCUAGCCACAGGCAGAGCAAACAACGUACACAUCGAAGCCGUCCGCUCCUCUUUGGUUUCGGGGCUGAGACCCAGACUAGAUGGGAGAGUGGAUGUCCUGCUGUUCAACCCGCCGUAUGUGCCGACGGAGGAGGAAGAGGAGAUGAUGGCGCAGAACAAAGCUGGGAUCGAAGGUUCGUGGGCCGGAGGAGAGACGGGAACGAGGCUGGUGGAUGAGUUGAUCGACGGCGGGAUCAUCAAGGACGUUCUGGCGAGCAGUGGCAGGCUGUAUCUGGUAGCGAUCAAGCAAAACGAUCCUGCGCGGCUGGUGAGGAGGUUGACGGAGCAAGGGUUGGAGUCAGAGGUGGUGUUGGCGCGGCGCGCUGGCGGGGAACACUUGCACAUCAUCCGAGCUGUCAAGCCUUGA